UAAGAAUUAUGACGUUUCUGAUUUGCAAGGAAACAUAAGAAACGAUCACUUUGCUUAUAAUUCCCCAGAAACUGAUUUUUAGUUUUGCUUUGGUUUUUAACCGUUUGAUGUUUUACCUUUGGAAUGAAUGAGUCAAAAAGUCAUAGAGCUCACCGAUGGUCUCAAAUUUUCUGUCGCUGAUGUUCUUGUUUGUGAGAUUUUAAUCAUCCAAUCAUCGGAAAUAACCCUUAAUGAAGCUGGAUUUUGUGGAUAUAAGUUCCUGGUAAUGAGGCUGUAAAUAUAAAAAAAGCAGCCCCGGUUUGUAUCGUAAAAAAGCUCAUUCUGAAGUUGAAACAGAGGAGCAAUUUGAAUUUAGCAAUCUGAUCGAUUUUAAUCCAAAUGGCUCACCUUCUUGGAAGUCAAGCCUGUCUGGAAAGCUUGGAGCAGGACAUCACCGAUGUUCAAACAACUGUGCUGGAUUUGUUGUCCAGAGUUGGCCCUGUGCAAAGCCCCUCAUGGAAAUAUCCUGACAAAAUAGCAUGUGAAUUGGACAUUGAAGAACUGCUGGAAAGAUACUCUCAUUCAAAUGACGAGGAUCAUUGUAAGCUAUCACAUAUUAUCCUGUUUGAACUGUUGAUUGACAGGUAACGAGCAUGUCUUGGUUCUUUUGACUAGCUAAUCUGAAGAUACCAGGCCACCUAGUCUUUUAAUAGCCUGCGAAUACAGCCGUCUUUCCUCACUCCUCAGGGGCGGAUCCAGGAUUUUUUUUAGGAGGGGGUGCACUCGUCUCUUGCUGUACUUCAACACCAAUAAACCACAUAGUUUUUUUUUGCAGAAUACCAGUUGUAUUAGAAAACCGCAGGUCAUCUCAUGGGGGGUGCGCACCCCCUGCACCCUCCCCCUAGAUCCGCCCCUGCUCCUUGCCACUAGGGAUGUUUUGCAGGCCUGGGGGGGUACUCCCGCGAAUUUUGGAUAGGGAUAGGGGUGUGCCGCAAAGGUUCGUGAACCCUAACCCUAUUUAAGGACUAAGAAAGCGAAAACUGAUACCCUUUUUAAGGCCCAAAGCCGAAAAAUGACACCCUAUUCUAGGAAAAAACAAAAUUAUUAAUAGCAUGAAAAAGAAAACUUUAUUUCUUCUCUGUAACAUUGGAUGUAAAGCAUCAAGCAUAAAAUAUUAGAAUAAGCCUUGUUUAAUUUUUUCACACUCCAGUAUUAGAUAAUACAAUUAAGCUACCCUAUCUAAGGACCACACCAGGGACACAGAAACAAAAGAGUCAAAAAAGAUACCCUAUUUAAGGACCGAGAACCUCAAAAACGAUACCCUAUUCCACGGCACGUACCUAUAUAGCCCAUAUGUGGGAGUACCCCCCCCCCCCUGGGUUUGCAGGAAAGUUGACUGUGCCUCAAUGACUGAAAUUCCAUACUGAUGCUGUAAAUCACUGUGCACAUAAUUGAUCUGGUAGUCAUGGGGUUCCAAUUUAAAUUUGCUCGGUCUUAUGUGUCUCUUGGUUGAUUAUGGUAAAGUUUUGUGUCCUUCUUUGAAUGAGCUCUGGCAAAACUCAAAUGCUUCUUCUAAAAAGAAUAUUUUGCACGAGCAUUGACUGUUUUGUAGUAGAUUCAUCAUGCUUACAUUUGACUUUUGUGGCCUUUUGUUCUUUGUCUGUGAUUUGUAAACGAUUGACUGCUACAUCGACCAAAGAGCUCCUGACCAGAUUUUGGACAGCUUUUAUGUCAUCAGUAUGGAAUUUCUGUCACUGAGGCACAGACAUCUUUCCUUUGAAAUGUCUCUAGCAGCUAGGAGCAAGGAGAGAUGGCUGUAUUCACAGGCUAGUCUUUUAACCACCUAUCAAAUAAGGGGAGUCAUUUGUUCCUCAGUUAAACUUAGACUGAUUUCAGUAUAAUUCUUAAACUCAUACAUGGCUCUGAGGCUUAAGGAAUAAAACAGUAGAAAUGUACUAUUCUACCCUGCCCUCGAGAUGGUGCCUUUAGUUUUAUUCUUAUUGAAGCCAAGUGUGAAUUUUAAGAUAUCAAAAUUGGUCUGUUACAAAAGAAUCACUCAUUUUGCUUGUUAAAUCUAACACCAUCUACUGCUCAGGGGCACCCAACGAGGAUAUAGUUCAAAACCACUUGAACAUAAUAUUGUUAAGGUAUUUUAGUAUUUAAAAGGUAGAUAUAUGCAUAUUUUUAUCCCCUAAAAAUUUUUCAUCUGUUCGAAUUUCCUAGCUGAAAGUCUUGUGAUCCGAAAAUUACAGCAAUCAAAACUUACCUUUUCGAAAACUUCAGCCAGAAUAAAUGCUUCCGAAAAUUUUAGGUGACCUUUUAACGUCAAAAAUCCAUUAAAAAUGGGCAAUAAUACCAUUUUUUAGAUGUCCGAAAAUCCUAGGAGAGGCAGACAAGCAAGAAAUUUUUUAUCAAAUGUUCCGAAAAUUCUAGAUCUCAAAUCGUCUUCCGGACAGAUAUUUUCUAAAAAAGACUUUGGGUGCCCCUGACUGCUGUGCCAAAUUGGCCACCAAAUAUAAUAGCCCUAAGUCUUUUACAGACCUUUAUCUUAUGGUAAAAUGAAGCCUACCUCUCAAAGGUUUGACCUCUUAUUAACAUUGUAAUAAUUUUAAUAUAGAGAGUGCAGACUAUAAGGUUUAAGGUAAAAGUUACAAUGGGUUGUUCCAGAAAAAAUCCACACCCCCCCGACGGAUGGGAUUCUGGAAAUUCUCGCGGGAGGGGGGGUCGAAGACUCCGAAAAUCCAGGCGGGAGGGGGGGUUGACCUUAACAAAGGCUUCUGCAGGGGUCACUUCGACCGAUAGUUGAUACAAAUCAAACGUUUAGUUCGAUGACACUUAAGCGCUUUCAGACCCUGAAAAUAGUCAAAAUGUUUUGUUCAUAUAUUUCUCACCUGACAUAAAUGAUAAUCUAAGUUGCUUUACAGGUCCUUUUAUAGCAGAAAACGCGAACAAGAUACUAAAGAACGGGCCUGAAGGAACUCGUCGCAACAUUGUUGUCACGAAGAGCGUCAAACGCCUGACACAUUUCUACUGCACCCCAGAGCCCCAAAGAAGAGCGAAGAGUGAUUUUUAUAAGCUAAGAAAUUAUGUAAACACUGCUCAGGUGUCGUUCGCAUUUUUGUUUUUUGCUCCUUUCGCUUUUAGUUCCACGCGAUAGAAUUCUUAGUUUAAUAUAAGCUGAAGCUUUAGAAAUUAAAACAAAAACAUUUAGACGUGUUUAUGCGUGUAUUUUCCAUUAAAAAUAAAUUAAAUUUAAGCCUUUUAUUUUUUUCCCGAAAUCCAGGCGGGAGGGGGGUCUUCCACCUUGGAAAUCCAGUUGGGAGGGGGGGUCUUGUGCUUCAGGAAAUCCAGGUGAGAGGGGGGGUUAAAAAAGGACCCCGUCCGUCGGGGGGGUGUGGAUUUUUUCUGGAAUAACCCAAUAGUAGUCUCUUCCAGGGACUAAAUGAUAGACCUGUGGGAUUAUUCAAGAAAUGUGAAGUCAUACUAGCAAAAAUUUGCAAGUUUUACCGACAAAACUGUACCAAUACAGUCAACCUUAGGCAGACACCAUUAUGACUUGCACUGACAACCCACCUAUUUUUUAGAGAUACCUGUAUCCACAAUAAUAUGGAAAACAAAACAGCUCUUUUUGGAAGAUGUCAGUUAAGAGAGAAUUCAAGAUUUUAACAGCUUUAACAUAAACAGAGUUUGCUUUGUUUAAAUAGACAAGUAAAUUGACAUUAGAAUCCUGUUUUCCUAAAUCAGGCUUGUGCUUCUACUACAAGGUAUGGCUCACUUUAUUGAACAGCUGCUGACCUCAUGUGAUGGCAGGCCUGCUAGCGGGAAAAUUCUUGGCUCGUCAAUGUCUGUAGGACUGGUCGCAAAGAAGUUCUGGAAUAAACUAGUUCAUGUUCAACAGACAACACAGCAGCUACAGUUUGAGAGCAAAACUAAGAAUAAGACAAUGUCAAAAAUGGAGGAUACUAUCACUGACCUUAGAGAGGAAGUCAAGCUAUUUAAACAGGCUCUGGACAAAAAAUCAGGCAAAUCAUCUGUUGUUAAAGGCAAAAUCCAAAGCCAGAGUGCCAACAGAACUUCUGUCAAAUUCAUCCUCUCUCCAUCUGAGGAGUUAUCACUAGAAAGUUCAACUCCAACACAGGAUCUUUCUCUGGCAGUGGAAGAUGUUGCUUGUGCAAGGAGUUGUCAGGAGUCAUCAACACAGACAUAUGAUACAGCAUUUAUACCUUGUGAGGCUUGUGCAAGAACCCAACAGAACUUAAUUGAAGUUGGUAGUAUGGUUAUUAAAGUAUGUGAAUCUCAAGGGCUUCCCUCUUCAUUGGCUAAACAGAAGAAGCUCUUGCGACAAUCACUUAUGGCUGCAGCUGAUGUCUCCAGGUGGGCAUCAGAACAAAACCAGGAUUUGAAAAGAAUUAAUGAUCAUUUAGACAACUUAUAUGCACAAAUUAAUCCUUUGGAGGAUAAGCUUAGUAGAUCAAAACAGGCUUGUGUUAAUCUGGAGAAGCAAAUCAAAGAUUUACAGAAUCAACUUUCAGAAGAGCAGACUGCAACUCAAAGAAAAGAAGAAGAAUUCCAUCAACAGCUUAAAACAGUUGUUGCUGAAAAAGAUCUUCUUUUGUCAGAUGCUGAGAAACUAAACAAUGAUCUUAUGAAAGGGAAAGAUGCCCUCCAGGAGAUGGUCAUAAAGUUAGAAGAGAAGAGAAAGAAAUAUAAAGAAUCUAUAAAAGACCUUGGUAGGUUGGUUGAUGAUCUUGUCACUGGGAUUCCAUCAAAAAUAUGCCUUUAAUCCCAAGUUUGUAGUGUCUUCGAUCACUUUUAAAUAGUAGGAACACUUGGUUGAUUUCCCCCGUCUCCCCCUUCACAAAGUUGAAAAUCACUCAAACUUUCCCAAAAUGCUCUUUUUAACAACACUGCAAGGGGGCAAAGGGACUACACUGUACAUGCCCCGAAAAAAACAGAAGUGUCACAAUUUUUUUGACUGGGGUUGUAGCUGUUUUUUAGCCUACCGUGUGGCACCAAAUUUUUGCGGGAGUUUAUUUUUGCAGAUUGGCAAUUUUUUGUGUUUUGCAGGAACUUAUUUUUGCGGAUCACUGGAAAAAAUCGCAAAAAUGAGAACCCCCAAAAUUUUGUGCCACACGGUAGUAGAUAAAAAUGGACUUCUGACAUUCAUGUAGGUCAUUUGUACCGUCAGCCCUUGCAUAGAGGCUUGUUUGUGCCUUGUCACACCACAGUUUACUGUUGAAGAUAAUUUGGGAUGACUGAACACGUUGAAAUUUGUCUUUCUUUGGCCCAGGGGAUGAAAACUCCAGGCUGUUAACAGAGUUAGACAAAGAAUCAAAGGAAGUUGCAAGGCUAACAAUUGUUGAAUCUGAGGUGCAGACAUUGAAAGUAGAGUUAGAUGAAGUUCAGGCCAAAUUGAAGAGUACUGCCAUUGAGCUUGGUAAAACACAGGCCAGGAAUAAAACCAUGGAGAGACAUGAGCAUGUAAGAAUCAUUUCACAUUGUUUAUUACAGUUUGUCUUUUAAGUCCAAAGAGUGACCAAAGUGUAGUUCCAGAAGAUGUCCAUACUCCCCCCUUGGAAAGGAUUGGAAAUUCCUAGAGGGUUGGGGGGUUCUCAAAGGCCCAAAAAUCUAAGUAAAUGUAUGAAGCUUGACUGGAAAUCCACAGGGCUGGGGGGGUGGGGGGUCUAAGGAAAAAUCCCUCCCGUGGGGAAGGUAUGGAUAAUUUUUGGAACCACACAAUAUCAAUGCAUAAUCAAGAGAAGAGGUUAUGAGAAUUAAUCUAAUGCACACUAAUGGGAAAAUGUUCUGAUAUUUUUACCAAAAUUCUCUCAACUAAUUUUGUAAGGAAAUGGGUAUAUGGAGAUCAGUCUGGAGAAUUUUGAAGUGGAUAUUGGAGCUUAAAUGGGUAACUCAUUUGUCCCUGGAUUACUUGUGUGGAUCCAAGUCCCUUCUACAGCUUGUGGUGUCAUCAGUUUUAACAGUAGCCUGUUCCAAGCGUUCAGAUAGUGGAGAGCGGUGCGAAGUAAAGAAAGCGAUGAAAAGUAGAGGGGGACUGGGGAGAGAGGUGCGGGAACGCUUGUAAGAAUUAUACCAGAUCCUGGUAUACCCUCUGAUUGGUUGAUUUUGACAGUUUUUGUCAACAGUGGAGCGUCUUCGAUCACAGAGAGAAAUGCGAUAUGGCGGUAAUGACAGACUCUACGUCCCGUCACGCAGAAUUCGAACUCGCAACAAACACAGCGCUGAGUGACUUUCCAAAUGUAGUGGCUAAACGCGAAGAGCAAAGAAACUGUUUAAAACACGUAAUCGGUAGGAUAGAUGUCUUCCCAAUUUCACCGACUGGCUUUGGGAAAAGUCUUAUUUUCCAGCUUUUUCCUCGAAUAAAGCGUGCGUUGGAAUGAAGGCAGGAUAGAAUGCCAUUUACGAUUGUAGUGGUAACUCCGUUGAUUGCCAUCAUGAAAGACCAAGUGGAACAUUUGAACAAAAUCGGAGUAGCGGCGGCAAUGAUGGGAGAAGAUGUGGAUGAAGCCGUUAAAAGCGAAAGCUGUGAAAUUGUAUACUGAAGUCCCAAAUCGUGGUUUUCUAAGGAAUGGACAAAAGGAGUCCAAAAAGGAAAGCUUGGAAAGCAAGUUGCAGCUAUCGCUAUUAACGAGGUCCAGUCAAUUACCGAAUAGUAAAUUUUCCCAUCAAUAUUAUUGUUGUGCAUUUUCAUUACUUGAGUUAACGAUCUGUAUUGAAACGGCUUUCUAUCGAAAUGAGCGAUAUUUGUUUGUCACUUGAUUCAUAAUUUUUUUUGUCACGUACACGCUGAAAUCAUAUUUUAAAGCCGUAAAUAAAUUCAUUGUACAUGAAUACUUCUCCCGCUCUCUGUUGUCUGAAAGUCUUACAUUAGGUUUUUAGUGAGACUAUGUAUACAUAAUAUUAAUUUUUGAUCUGAUAAAUUUAAUUUAUUCGCAAGAAAAAUAAUAAAUGUAAGGGGCUGUAACACCAGUCAUGAUUGACAAGUGAAGACCACCUACAGCUGAUGCGGUCUGACUGGGCGGAAGAGUCUAUUUAAAACAAAUCUAACAGGCGUUCCCUCUCUCACCUCUCCUCCUCCCCCGCUUUUAUUUUUUGGCGCUCCUUUUUACUUCGCACCGCUCCCCACUAUCUGAACGCCUGGAACAGGCUAUUUUAACAGUUUCCCUUGUACUUGUACAGGGAAAAGAGAUCAAUGCCCGAUCUUUGAAAGCUGAUGUUUUAUAUCUGGAAUAGAAGGCUGCAAAGUGUUUGACUUAUAAACAACGCUUUGGGUAGUUUUAGCUCUUUAAAGCCAGACGGUGACCAGUAAACAUCUUGACUAGCUGUAAGAGUUGAUUUUUUGUCAAAAUUUCCAGCAGCAAAUGGUUGUAAGUUGUUACACCUUUGAGGUUGUUGGGACCUGGUAGGUAAAAACGUACCAUAUUUUUUCAAUUUGCCAAGUUUCGACCUCAGCAAUCAUUGAUUUACAGUAGCAACGUGUUAAUCAUAAUUGCCAAACCAGGAGGGGCGAUGAUGGUGUUUUGAUGGACCAGUUCCCUUUUUUUAAAGGUGGAUAACACUUAGCCUAUUCAGUGUAAAAAUCAUGCACUAUCUAGUGUAUAGCGCAACAGGUUUUCCUUCUAACACUUUAGUAUCCACUGGAUAGUGAUUUAUCUGGAUGAUAGCGCUAUCCAUCAUUUGAACAACAAGGCUCAGACUGAUUACUUUGCUUUCCCAAUGUUCUGUUGUAGGCAUUGCAAAGCAAACAUGAUGCACUUCUCAGAAGAGUUGAUGAACUUGACACUGAAUGUGAGCAGUUAAGAGAAAGGGUAAUGGAUGCUGAAGGCGAGAAAGAUGAGCUACAGGGAGUGGUGGAAGAUCUGCAGACAGAGAAAGAGAAGCUUGCCAAAGAACUUGACUCCAAACAGGUGUGCUACCGUUUCUUUAUAGUUUGAUAAUGACUGUAAAAUACAAAAAACUUUUUAAAAAAGCAUCGUUUGUUGUCAUUUCUACGUGGUUAUUUCAGCUACACGAAGGUCAGCCCGUUUGUAGAUCGUUGUAGGGCAAGCAAGGUACUACCCUCUUCCCAUUUGUUUUAAGACCUUGAGUUCUGUAUUGGUUAGAAACCGCGACCUCUCGCGCUGCAGACAAGCGCUCUACCAACUGAACUUAGUUAACACUGUUGCGGUUGAGGAGACAGUGAGUUUACGAGUUUGUGUUCUGCUAACCUGCCUGUUAGAGUGGAGUGGAGAAUAGCCCCUCCCCCCAACCCCCUCCCCCCCCAAAAAAAAACCCUGUCCAGAGCUGGUCAUUUUACAGCGAUAGUUUUUUUUUUAAUCGGCGAGGCAAUAGCCGAUCUUUGUAAUAAUAUCACCCGUCCAAUUAAUUAAUCUUUUUGCCUAAUAUUAGCAAGUUCGUUUUCCCCAGCAGAUUAGAACCUCUUCUUUUUUGACAGAGUCUUCUGGAAGAGUUAAGAAACGAGAAGGAAAAGCUAUUGCAGGAGGUUGAAGAAUUUGAAGUUAAGACAAGCGAACUUGAGCACCAGCUGAAGGAAAGCGAAGAAAAACUACAGCUGGUGGUUGAGUUUCCCUCCAUUGACGCCAAACAAUCGACUCAAACUCAGUCUGAUAAAGGAGUUAUGUUCAAUGGUGAAGGCCCUUCUGAGGCGGAAGUAGCACAAGAUAUGGAACGGCAGGUUAUGGCGAACAACAUCAGAAUUAUGACUCUGGAGGAGCAAAAUGACAAGUUGAGAAAGUCCAUCGCUUUCCUGAUGAAUGCCCGAGAAAAUAUAUCGAAGAAAAAGGUGAGUGCAUAUUGGGGUAUAACCGGUCAAGUCGCCCGAAACCAGAGUCAUGUCGCCCGAAAUGGACCUGAGAACUCUGGGAUGAGGGGUUGUGCGAUUAUUUUAUGUCCGUAGGUUUGCUUUGUCUUAGAGUAACCAUUUGAUGAACAUGAGAAUGUUGUCACCACAGUCAUCGUCGUCGUUAUCACCAUCAUUAGGGAGCUUAAGCAACAACGUUUUUGAGCGACGCACGUCAACCGGAAGUGGCCUUUUUUCAUUUUUUGACGGUGGUUUCGCGCAAAUUUUCAGUCAAAUCGCCUCUAUAACAGUAAAGAAGCUAAGGAAUACAAAUUUUAUAUCAUCAAGGCAUGUUAAGAGGGAAAAUACCUCACUUCCGGUUGACGUGCGUCGCUCAAAAACGUCGCUGCUUAAGCUCCCUAUUAUUAACCCUUUAAGCCCUAAGAGUGAUCAGCAUCAAAUUUCUCCUUGCAAUAUCAAUGCUUUGUAAAACAGAGUGGUCAUGAGAAUUAAGGACAUUAUCACGCUAGAUGAAUCUAAUUGAUACUUCAACAAAUCCUCCCCACUACUUCUAUUGAAAACGUAUAGGGAUAACAAAUGAGAAUUUGAAUUUUGAUGUAAGGGUUUAAAGGGUUAACAUCAUCGUUAUCGUCAUCCGCGUCAUCAUAGUCAUUAGGGAGCUUUAACAACGACGCAGGUGGCUGCAACAAGAACGUCAUAAAAGCCGAAAUAGGUUUCAUUGGGAAAAAAAAACCUUGCGCGUGCAUUGUACAUUUCUUUGCCGUCACUACCCUACUACGACGUGAAAAUGCAUAAUUUCACGUUUUACUGUAGGAAGUAAACAAGCGACUACGAAUAUUUUUUUCUCUUUCUAAACUUGAGUACGGUCCCCAAGAAACCAGCUCGAGGACAUUCGCCUACAUUUGACAUUUUCAGCGAACUGGAAAAAUAAAAAAAACGCGAAUUCAUUUCAGUAGUGACGUUUUCGCUGCCGUCGCCGUCGUCGAUGCUAAAACUUCCUGUUAUCAUCAUCAGAUCGUCAUUGUCAUCAUAAUCACCAUCGUUAUCGUCAUCAUCAUCGUCAUUAUCAUCAUCAUUAUAUGUAUUAUAUUCGUUAUCGUCAUCCGCAUCAUCAUCGUCGUAACAAUGUAGUUAGUAAAGAUUUCAUUCAUCGGAAAGCCGUAAUGGAUUACUACAGUUGGUUAGUGCACGGCUAUCUGUGCAACAGGUCUCUAGCUCGAUCUCCAGGGGUGACCUCCAAUCCUUGUCUCGACUUCUCUCCUUUCCAUGUAGCUUAAAGUAGCUUUGAAUAUCCGCAAAACGAAGUACUGAUGGAGCGUGAGGGUGAAGGGGUUCUCUCCUCCGCAGAGGCUCCCGCUGGGUACCCUCCCUACGGUACAAAGAGGCCUCUGCGGAUGAAAGAGGGGAAGGGGGGAAAUGAGCGCAUGAUCGACCUUAGGUUAAUUAGCAAUACGAUAAAUAUUUCGAGUUACCAACGUUAAAUGAAGAAUUCGAGUAGGAGGUCCAGAACUCUCAGUCCCAGAAAGACUCUCCGAGUCCCAGAAGUUUCAUUCUUUCCUGUAGUUGACCAACAUAUAAAAAGACUUAAGCCACCAGGAUGGCGUGACAAGUGCUUAUUUAAGGCGCACACACUUGACUUGAAAAUGAGGAGUAUUAGAUUCUGGAAAAGUGCUCCCCUAUUCAUCCCUUAUUUUGUCGUAAGUGAGCAAUUAGUGUUAAUAUUGGGUUAGGGGAGGGGUGAGUGUGUGGUUUUCGAAAUUUGAAACUGAUCCGCUGACCCCGUAGAGAGGAAGAGUUUUAUUUUUAAAGUUGACGCUUUUGUACAAAGGAAAUUAUAGGGUUGAGAGGAUUAAUGUUUUCAAUUUCUUAGGUGCAAGACCCUGUUCCCUUAUGGAGGUCCGCACACGGUGAAGACGAUCUAACUGCUGGACAACAGGACUCAAUACAAAGGUUGAGUACUUUGAAAUCUUCUUUUGUAAUUGAUCCUAAUACGUAAUCAUCUCAAUAUUUCCAUUGCCUCUGUUGCCGCUCGAGGACGUCUGUGCUUGGCAUUUCUCAUCCUUUCAUGGUUUUCACUAUUUCUUUGCUCUUCUAUGUCUUUCAUGAAAGAGUUACCUUCACAUGAAGGCUGGCGUGGUUUCUUUGAUUUUAGUAUGCCACAAUCGUCAACGGCCCCUAAGUACAUAUGUACAGUCUUGUGACAAUAACAUUUCAGUCGAAAAUAUAUCUUUUCUCAGAACGUUCUACGACGAUGACUCAUACAUGCAACAGAAACGCCCCUCAUCUGCGGUAAGAGAAGGACAGAGCUCGUACCCAGACUAUCACUCGUCAAGCCGGCUACAACCACGCCCACCUGAAAAACCUAGAGCCCAGUCCGCAAAGACACGAGUGAAAAGCUCGACAUCUAAACUCGCAGAUAAACGACAGAGUGCUACACUGAGCGCAAAACUUGCGGCCAGCGGUAAACACGUGGUAAACAUCAUGGGAAGUCUUGCUGAAGGAGGCCUCCAAAAACACGAAUGGCAACAUUCACCCGUCCCUACCUGGGACGUUGUAGCGAAAGAGGGCAGGGGUGGGCGAGUGAGCCCUGCGUCGACGCGUUACACCCCAGUGAAUGUUUUUGUUUGUUCAAGUUGCGAUAAAAUGUACAACACACAGAAAGAUCUGGACAUCCAUAAAUCGUUCUGUUACGGCAGAGUCAAUGAAAAUUACACGUAAUCCGAAAAGGGAGCACUGCAAUACUAGAGAGAAUGAUGCUCUCUUGUCUUAAGCUUACAAUCGGCGAC